AGAGUCAGUGAUUAGCUGGUCUUAUAUUCCUUUGACCGCUUCGUGGAAACAUCUUCUCCUGUAAGAAUUUGUGGAGGAUCCUUGAGGUUUUGCCUUUGGAGACCAAUUUCUUGGGCAAAGGAAACACAAAAGACCAUGCUUGAUAAAGAAUUCUUCACUGACUAUGGUGAGGCAAGUCUAUACGAGAUCCAAGAGGUUGUUGGCAAGGGAAGUUAUGGCGUUGUUGCGGCUGCAGUUGAUACUCACACUGGGGAGAGGGUAGCUAUCAAAAAGAUCAAUAAUGCUUUUGAUCAUGUUUCUGAUGCCAUUCGCAUUCUUAGAGAAAUCAAGCUUCUGCGGCUGCUUCGACAUCCAGAUAUUGUAGAAAUCAAACAUAUAAUGCUUCCUCCAUGCCGAAGGGAAUUCAAAGAUAUAUAUGUUGUUUUUGAAUUGAUGGAAUCGGAUCUUCACCAAGUAAUUAAGGCAAAUGAUGAUCUCACUCCAGAACAUCACCAGUUUUUCUUAUACCAGCUUCUGCGCGCUUUAAAGUAUAUACAUACUGCAAAUGUGUUCCAUCGAGAUAUAAAGCCAAAAAAUAUCCUUGCUAAUGCAGACUGCAAAUUGAAAAUUUGUGAUUUUGGGCUUGCUCGUGCAUCAUUUAAUGAUGCCCCAUCAGCUAUCUUUUGGACUGAUUAUGUGGCAACUCGAUGGUAUCGUGCUCCUGAACUUUGUGGUUCCUUUUCCUCCAAAAGAAUACAUUUUUCAGCUGGCAGCAGUGGGCAAAACUCUGUCAAUGUAUUAACUGAACUAAAUGCAACUUAUAUGCAUGAUAUUGGUGGCCUUGCCAUUACUUGUCAGAAGAAUGCAUUUUGCAGCUGGCAGCAGUGGGCUCUGUCAAAGGUCCAUUUAUCUAUGGCCAUAGGGUAGUUCACUGAUUUUUUUCCUAUGGUCUCUUUGUAAUCAUCCCUUCUUUUUCAUUGGUUACAUUUUGCUGAACUUAUCUUUUCUGGAAUUGAUUCAUUGAGAACGAUGAUAUGCAAGAUCCCUAGUUAUUCCUAGUGUUAUUAAGUUAUUCAUUCAGGCUCCAGUAACGUGGUUCAUUGCAUAAAGGUUUGACUGUGUAUUUGGCCUCAGUUUUGCGUGUAAACCUUUUCAAAGCCACAAACUUGCAUUAUCCAAAUGUAUUUGCUUUUGAAAUAACUGUUGCAUGAUAGUCAAAAAGUAACAAGUUUUUGUCGCAAUUUGCUUACCAUUCUUGUGGCUAUGUUUGACACCGCGGGUCCUAGUCAUACCAUUCAGAAUGCUAAAAAACCACAAUACCACAAACCAAUUUCCGAAUUUGUUCGAACAUUAUUCCAUAAACAAAUCCUUCUUGAACCUCCAAACUAAUCCGUCUCUGUCUAGCCCAAAUUGCCAACAUAUUUUCUCUUGAAAUUUGUGAAAAAAUAUCAAUAACGUUGGGUAAGCAAAAAUAUGCUCAGUAAGUUGAUCAUAUUCUAACAUACACAGAUUUCACAGUUAACC